CCGUUUCAUUUAAACUGUAUGUUGUCGUCUGCCACGGUCUGACAUAUUUACAGUGAUCAGCAAAUUACGAAAACCUACUUACAUUUACAUCCCUUCAGUAUUUGGUUUUAACUUUGUAGUCGUACUUUCGUCAUUUUCUAAUAUGUCAGCCCACCGCGGAAAUGCUAAGAAGUACAAAUGGGCUUUGGAUUUCACUGCGAGAAGAGGUACAAAUCAAGAUGCGCUUUGCCCUCCUGGCUUCAAUCCUGCUGUCAGUCAAGCGCAUACUGAAACAUCAAAAGACAAUGAUCCCUCUCAUUUGAUAAUCAAGAAAUCAUGGGAACUUGCUCUGGCACCACUGAAACAAGUCCCCAUGAACCUCUUCAUAAUGUACAUGGCUGGCAAUUCCAUUUCUCCAUUCCCUAUAAUGAUGGUUGGCAUGUUGUUAAUUCGACCCUUUAAGGCCCUCUUUACUUUACAGAGUACAUUCAAAAUGAUAGAGGGAAAUCAUGCUAUAAUGCAGAAACUUGUCUACUUUCUUGGAAAUAUAGUUGGUAUGCUUCUAGCUUUAUACAAAUGUCAAUCCAUGGGUUUGUUGCCAUCCCACUCUUCAGACUGGUUAGCGUUCAUAGAUCCGCCUGUCAGACUAGAAAAUUUAGGUGGUGGUAUGUCUCUUUACUGACUUAUUUUAAGGUUUCAAGAAAAACACAUUGAGUUUCUCCCUACAACUUGGUAAUAAAAAAACAUUUGACCAAAAGUUUAAUUUUCUAAGCCCUAAGAAUAUUGUCAUAAGAGUAAUUUGCCUACCAAUAAGAGGCCACGGUCUGAUAUUUGUCUCUGUAGUACUCAAUCUGGUACUUUGUUGUAGCCGCUUUUCCUAUUGCCGUAACUAUACAUCCAAUGCAUCAAUUUUCAUAUUUGAUGUCCGAUAUAAUUUUAUGAUUCGCUAUUUUUCUUCUGCAAAUUUGUUUCAAAGUCUUAUCUGAACCUAGCUGAUAAUUAAGUACCACAGUGGUAUUUAAUUUUUGCCAAGGAUUCUGCAAAAGUGUUUUCCACCAAAUGACUGACUGCUAAAUCUGUAAUCAGAUGAAAGUAUCCAUAGAUGACUAAAUAUUGUGAACUGACAUGUUUUGCUUAAAUACAAACAAUAAAAACUGCCCACAUGAUC